ACGUCCACAAGAGCAUCAUGGGAUACAAAAUGGAAGACUGAAGCCGAUUUUUAUUGCAGGUUCAGAUGCAAUCCUGCAUUCUUUUGAUUUUCCUGGCUUUAGAGGACAAGUAUCUGGUGUUUUGGUCAUUCAGGAUGCUGUCUCGUUACAUACUAUCAGGACGACGUGAUUUAUACUCGCCUUGCUCGUCACGAACCCGAAGAAGAGCACCGCAAAUACUUUUCACGAACACCGAUAAUUUACCGGAAGCUUUGCCCCGGAAUUUUGGUAAUGCGUUUCGGUUAUUGUUGACUCGACGGCGUCCAAAGCUUUUGAGAAAACGUCAGUAUGGACCUGACUGUCUGCCAACAGUUGGAAAAGUUAGUAGAAGAACUGACUACCAGCGGGCAGCAUCAGCUGGACAAGGCAACUGUCAAAACACUGAAAAAGAUAUGCAAGACAUCAGAUGACUAUGUGAAGCACACGUAUCACCUGCUGAACAUGCAGCUGCAGAAGGACCAUGCUGAAAUCAGACUCUCAGCCUUCCAGACAAUGGACGAACUCUUCCAGAGGUCCCAUGCCUUCAGGGAACUCCUCAUAGCAGAAUUUCAGGAAUUUCUAGAGCUGACUGUGGAAAGCAACUAUGACUUCCCCCUGCCACCUCCCAAGGCUGCAGCAGAUAAGCUCAAAAAACAGACUCUUCAGGCUAUCCAGCGCUGGCACGAGCAGUUUGGGCAGGCCUACAAGAAACUGACUCUGGGCUAUAACUUCCUUAGGUACAACAGAAAGAUUGAUUUCAGCAACAUUGCAGCCAGCAGUAAUGUUGAGAGGACCAGACAGGAGCAGGAGGCAGCCAGGAUACAGGCUAUUAAACUGCAGAGAGCCAAAAAUGCACUCAAGGAAAUGGAAGAAACAAAGCCAGAGAUAGAUGAAUGUUUGACUCAGGCAGAGUCCUGUUUCCAGCUCCUAGUGCCUCGAAAUGACGCCAUGGAUUCAAAAAUCACUCCACCCAGGAAUGGGAACCAAGAUACAAGCAAUACUCUACCCACUACCUCGCAUGGAGGAAGGCAAAUCAGAAAACAGCUGGAUGGAGAUGAUCUCAGUUGUGAUUCUGUGUCAUGCAAAAGUCACAUAGUAAGGACUAAGGAACAAGCCAGGGCCCGACAGCUGCCUGCGGGGGAAGGUUCACUAGUGUCAGGGGAUGGGAAAAAGGAAUGUAUCAACAAUGGGGGAGAUUCAAACACCCCUCCUGGGGAUGGACAGGAGGGAGACAGUGAUGAGGAGAGUGAUGGUGAUGUAGAUGAGGAGGAUGUGGUGAGGCAUCAUGGUCUUGGGUCCCACAAGUACAACAUCAGCAUAGAGUUUAACCCAGUAUUAGGUCUGGAACCUGCCAAGCCAAAAACAAAGACUAAACCAAGUGCUACAAAACCAAGAACAGUGCCUGCUGCUUCUACUGCUACAACUUCAGGGACAAAACCGCCCACCAAAAAAUCUUGGCAUCCCUUCUUGAGUGAAGACAACAACCCUUCUGACCCAACCUCCUACAGUGCAGCACUGUCUACACUUCAGCCUAGCCAGGAAAACAGGGGAGAAAAAAGGAAAGUAAGCUUUGAUGCCCAACCAUCUACCUCAGGAACAUCCUCCAGUAAAACGGACUUGUUGUCGAAGGCUCCUGUGGUGCCCUUUGGUAUGGACCUGUACACCUGGGGGGAGAAGGCAAAAAAACCUACAAUUGUGAGGGACCAGUCCCUGCACAGGUUCUGGCGUCCGUCUGAUGAGGGUGAAAUUGAGGUGAAUCGUGUGGACCCGUCUCGAGAGAGAACCAUCACGUUUGCCGGGGAGUUUGAGCCGGUCAAGUGGACAUGUAAGGCCCCACUGUCCAAUGGGAAGCUCUGUCCCAGGAUGGACAGAUACAAGUGCCCCUUCCAUGGUCCCAUAAUCCCGAGAGACGAGACAGGGAAACCCUCCAACCCUGCAGAUGCAGAAAGGGAGGAGAGGAGGAGAAGGGAACAGCAGCUGGAAGAAGUAUCGGAGGAUUGGAGGGACCCUGAGCUUCAGCAGGACAUCGAGGCUGCUACUGGCAUCGCUCUGGGCAAUGUCAGGGGCCGGGGGAAGGGCAAAGGGAAGGGCAAAGGGAAGGGCAAAGGGAAGGGCAAAGGGAAGGGCAAGAAAUCUACUAACCUCACAGACCUGAAGAAAGUCAAGAACACAACAAGAAGAAGACUAGAGAGGAAGGUGUUUAACAGUGGUUCAGUCAAGAGAGUUGCAGCUGAAAUGAACAAGCUGGACCAGAGACGCUAUAAUGACAAGUUUGGCAACCAGUUCAACUAUGCACUGAACUGACAGACUGUGGCAACAAGUCAAUACUAUUGGCUUGGUUACAGCAUUCACAUCUAGGGAAACCUAGGCAUAUGGAUGUGACUUACUCCCUACAGAGUCCCAUGCUAUUUUAAGACUAUGGGGCAUAUUCAGAAGCCCUAGAAUCAUAAAUAAUGCUUUCUGGAUGUGUUGUAUUAUGU